AUGUCUACUCGCACCGCGAAUGUGACUGCAUCAAGCUCUUCACCUUUACCUUCGCAUUUCAAUCCGUUCGCUACGCAUCCCUUCACGAGCUGUUCUUCUGUGUCGUCGGCGUCUCGUCCGACUUCCCAACCUCAACCACAGUUGUCCCCUUCUACACAACCUCGCUCAACCCCUCAUCCGCCCCCAACACGGACUACAGCUUCCCCUAAAGCCGUAUUCGUACCUUUCCGUCAGGGCGCAGCCUCGCCUGACCUGUACGAAAUAUUGAAGAAGAAGCCGCAACCCACGCAGAUCACGUCUCCAAAGAAGAGUUGA